UAAGAUGGCCACCGUGCAGCUGCGUUAUGUGGAGAUUCCGCUCCGGGACACGGACGAGGUCAUCGAGUUGGACCUCGAUCAGCUGCCGGAAGGAGAGGAAGUCUUGAGCAUCUUAAAGCAAGAAAAUGCUCCUCUUCAUACUUGGCUGGCCCUGGGGCUGGAGUACUACAAACAGAGCCAAGUGGACGACUUCGUCAAAAUCUUUGCGUCUUGGCAGUCGGAUGCCAACUUAGACUACCCCGGCAAUGAGAAGGAUCAGAUGACGGCGUUGGACACGCUGGCCGCCUACUACGUCCAACAGGCACGGAAGGAAAAGAACAAGGAUUCAAAGAAGGAUUUGUUCACUCAGGCGACGUUGCUGUAUACGAUGGCUGAUAAAAUCAUCAUGUAUGAUCAGAACCAUCUUCUUGGACGUGCUUGUUUUUGCCUUCUUGAGGGUGAUAAGAUGGACCAGGCCGACGCGCAGUUCAACUUUGUCCUUAACCAGUCGCAGAAUAACAUUCCAGCUUUGCUGGGCAAAGCUUGUAUAUCCUUCAAUAAGAAAGACUACAGAGGAGCGUUGGCGUUCUACAAGAAGGCUCUGAGGACAAACCCGAGCUGCCCAGCUGCUGUUCGCCUGGGUAUGGGCCACUGCUUCAAUAAGCUGAGCAAACCAGAGAAAGCACGCCUGGCCUUCGAGCGGGCCCUGGAGCUCGAUCCGAAAUGUGUGGGCGCCAUCGUUGGCCUUGCCAUUCUAGAAAUCAACAGUAAAGCAACAGAUUCUAUACGGACCGGGGUUCAGCUCCUCUCCAAGGCGUAUACAAUAGACUCCAGUAACCCGAUGGUUCUCAACCAUCUCGCCAAUCAUUUCUUCUUCAAGAAGGAUUAUACGAAGGUGCAACAUCUAGCUCUGCAUGCAUUCCAUAAUACAGACAAUGAAGCUAUCCAGGCCGAGAGUUGCUACCAGCUCGCAAGAGCCUUCCAUGUACAGAAUGAUCAUGACCAAGCUUUCCAGUACUACUACCAAGCCACCCAGUUUGCAUCCACGGCUUUUGUUUUGCCGCACUUUGGUUUGGGGCAGAUGUACAUCCACCGCGGGGACAGUGAGAACGCCGCCCAGUGCUUUGAGAAGGUCCUUAAAGCCCAACCCGGUAACUAUGAGACAAUGAAGAUCCUUGGGUCGCUCUACGCAACAUCCAGCGAUGAGACCAAGAGGGAGACGGCCAAGGGUCAUCUCCAGAAGGUCGUCGAUCAGUUCCCGGAAGAUGUCGAGGCGUGGAUUGAGUUGGCUCAGAUCUUGGAACUCACUGACGUACCAGGAGCCCUGACAGCUUACGGCACAGCAACUAGGAUUCUUAAAGAAAAAGUCCAGGCAGACGUCCCACCCGAAAUUCUGAACAACGUCGGAGCUUUGCACUUCCGUCUUGGAAAUCAACCAGAGGCGAAGCGCUACUACGAAGCGUCUCUGAAGCGCGCCCAUUUUGAGGCGGAGCACGAUGAGACGUAUUACGGCGCAAUCUCCGUCUCGGUGUCCUACAAUCUCGCUCGUCUCUUUGAGAUCAUGUUUCAAUUCGACAAGGCCGAGAAACUUUACAAAGAUGUCUUGAGAGAGCAUCCUAACUACGUUGAUUGCUACUUGCGUCUGGGUUGCAUGGCUCGUGAUCGAGGGCAGAUCUACGAGGCAUCCGAUUGGUUCAAAGAAGCUCUGCAAAUUAACCAGGAUCAUCCAGACGCGUGGUCUCUCAUUGGCAACCUUCAUCUCGCUAAACAAGAGUGGGGACCGGGACAGAAGAAGUUUGAACGAAUUCUCAAACAGCCGGCCACCGCGAAUGAUUCCUAUUCCCUGCUGUCACUGGGUAAUGUAUGGCUACAGACGCUGUAUCAACCCACAAGAGACAAGGAAAAGGAGAAGCGUCACCAGGACAGAGCACUGGCCAUGUACAAACAAGUUUUACGUAACGACGGCAGGAACCUGUUUGCAGCCAACGGAAUCGGUGCAAUCUUGGCUAUGAAGGGCUACAUCCGAGAAUCUAGAGACGUCUUCUCUCAGGUUCGCGAGGCUACAGCUGAUAUGUCGGACGUGUGGUUGAAUCUAGCCCAUAUUUACGUGGAGCAGAAACAAUAUAUCAGCGCUAUUCAGAUGUAUGAAAACUGCAUCAAGAAGUUCUUCAAGCACCACAACACGGAGGUCUUGACAUACCUAGGCAGAGCUUACCUCAAAGCUGGCAAACUCAAGGAAUGCAAACAAGCUCUACUCAAGGCUCGUCGUGUUGCACCCCAUGAUUCCCUCGUUCUGUACAAUAUCGCCCUCGUGCUUCAGCGCAUUGCCAUGGCAGUCCUGAAGGAUGAGAAGAGUCACUUGAAGACUGUACUGAGCGCCGUGUCUGAGCUUGAGACGGCGCAACGCUACUUCACGUACCUCAGUAAACAUGGUGAUCGGAUGAAGUUUGAUCUUGCACAAGCUGUGGUCGAGGCAAGGCAAUGCUCUGAUCUUCUGAGUCAGGCUCAGUAUCAUGUGGGACGUGCGAGACGUCAAGAUGAGGAAGAAAGAGUCCUAAGACAACGUCAAGAUCAAGAACGAGAUGCGCUCAGACAAAAACAGAUGGAGCAACAUAUGGCACGUAAACAAGAAGAUGAAGAGAGAAGUAAAGCGUUGAUGGAGAAGAGAGCUCAGUUCAUUGAGAAGACUAAAAAUAUUCUGGUGGUUGCAGAACCGGAACCAGUACGCAAGGGAGGCGGCGGACGACGGGGAAAGAAAUCCAAGGGUGAGAUAUCCAGCGAUGGCAGCGACAGCGACAUGGACACGAGAGAAGCCAAACCCAAGAAGAAACGAAAGAAACAACGAAGUGACGACGAAGGAGACGGUGAUGGCAAACCAAAGCCCAAGAGAAGAAGAUCUCGCAAGACGAGAGACAGUGAGGAAUCUGCUCCGCGCAAACGCAAGGAUCGCAAGUCGGGCGAUGGCGGAGGAUCUCGCGGCCGCAAACGGAUCCGAGAAUCUCGGCUUGAAGAUGAGAAACCCGGAAAGUUUAAGUCUAAGGCUAUCGUUUCGUCCAGCGAUUCGGACUCUGAAGGAGAGAGACUUCAUAUUGAUGAGACGAGUGACAAUGAGGAAGCUUCCAGCAGUCAGAAACCAUCCCCGCCCAAGGGCCGCGGUCGCAUCCGUCGUAUCGCUUCAGACUCCAGCGACUCGGAUGAACAAAAAUCAGGAUCAGAAGCGGAAGUUGAAAAUCAUACUUCUGGAUCCGAGUCCGAGAGGGAAAGGAAACCUCGUAGGAAAGCGGUACAGUCAGACAGCGAUGAAGAAUCAGGGGCUGAGGGUCAGAGGUCAGGUAGUGAAGGUCAAAGGUCAGGCAGUGAGGGUCAGAGGUCAGACAGUGAGGGUCAGAGGUCAGGAAGUGAAGGUCAGAGGUCAGGAAGUGAAGGUCGGAGGUCGGGCAGUGAGGGUCAGAGGUCAGAUGCUGAAUCGGGGAAUGAGGAGGCGGCCUCUGAAGGAGACAGAUCUGGUGGGGAUGAAGCAGGCUCGGACGGAGCGGCGUCUGGUGGGGAGGGGUCAGUUUCUGGCGGGGAGGAGGCGGGUUCUGGGGGAGAGGAGGCAGGGUCAGGUGUCGAAGAGGCGGGGUCUGGGGCGGAGUCGGGUGGAGAAGAAGGGUCUGGUGUAGAGGCAGAGUCGGAUGGGGAGGAGUCCUUAGGGGCGGGAUCGGGUGGGGAGGAGUCUGGAGGGGCAGGGUCUGAAGAGGCGGAGUCUGAAGGGGCGGGGUCUGAGAAUGAAGCAGCAGAGAGUGACGAAUAG